CCCAGGAUGAUAUUGAGACAAUCCAUUUCUCUGUCAGUAUGGCUUCUUUUUCUGUCAAUUUGCGCAAAGCAAGCCAUUGCUUCAACUGGCGACCGGCUGCCAGAAUUUCAAAAAUGCGUUGAGGUAUGGCCAGGCACUUCCGCAUCCUUAAUAGUGUUUUGUAGUGACUGAUGGGAUAGGUAUGCAAGCAAGAGAAUUGCGCCAGCGGCGAAUCAGCUACCACCAUUCGUACGGUUCUUCUUUUCCUUACCUCUACAGAAAUACUUACAAUUCGUAGCACUCCUGCAUCGACUACUUCUAUGGAACUGCCCCGCUGAAUGCGAUUAUACCUGCCAACACAUCAUCACCGAUCAGCGCGUUGAAGCGUCCGAAGAGAUAGUCCAGUUCCACGGAAAAUGGCCAUUUUACCGUUUCAUGGGGAUGCAAGAGCCCUUCUCCGUUUUCUUCUCCCUCCUCAACUUCCUCGCGCACCAAAAUGGGCUGUCGAAAAUCACCUCGAACAUUCCAGCCUCAUAUUCAUUACGCAAAUACUACGUGUGGUUUGCGUACUUCGGCAUGGCUAGUUGGGUGUUUAGCAUGAUUUUCCACACAAGGGACUUCCCUUUUACCGAACAACUGGACUACUUUGCUGCGGGCGCAAGUGUCCUCUAUGGCUUUUAUUACACGCCUAUCCGGAUAUUCCGAAUGGAUCAAGGGGGAAAGAAGGCCAAGUCAGUACUUCGAGCAUGGACGGGUCUCUGCAUUUGCAUGUAUGUAGCACAUGUGACAUACCUGAAAUGGUAUAGCUGGGAUUAUACAUACAAUAUUGCAGUAAACGUCGUGCUUGGGGUUCUGCAGAAUUCAUUAUGGAGCUGGUUUAGUGUGGGGAAAUACCGAAAAUCCGGUCGACUUUGGGCUACAUGGCCAGGAUUAGUGGUUGCAUGGAUCAUGCUGGCGAUGAGCUUCGAGCUUCUUGAUUUUCCACCAUUGUGGGGAUGUUUGGAUGCGCAUAGCCUGUGGCAUCUGGGAACUGUUGGUCCAACCAUGAUUUGGUACAAGUGAGUGUAAACAACAUCAAACUUUGGUGGAUCACGCUAACAUUUCACAGCUUCCUACUCAAAGAUGCCCGAGAUGAUAUAGCUGGACAGAGACUGAAAGCCUGAAGUG